AUGAUUUCACAAAUCACCUCUUUGGCAGGUUUUAGACUAGUUCUCCCUUUCUUCUACGCUCAGAUGCCUGAGGGUAUCCAAUUAGUUUGGUUGUCACAUAAAAGAAUGUGGCUUGAGCUGAUCAUUCUUUUAAAGUUUGUGCUGUUAAGUCUCCUGCAUGCAGAGGAUGACUGUGAUAGUGGCUCCUGUCAUACAACCAUUGGAGAUCUUCUAGUGGGUCGCAGUGAGCAACUAACAGCCUCAUCAGUUUGUGGACUGACUGGCCCUCAGAAAUACUGCAUUAUAGGCUACCUUGAGGGUGAACAGAAAUGCUUCCUUUGUGAUUCCAGAUACCCAUAUAAUCCCUAUGCCCAUCCCAACAGUCACCCAAUUGAAAAUGUUAUCACAACUUUUGAGCCAGACCGGAAAAAGAAGUGGUGGCAGUCAGAAAAUGGCAUUGACCAUGUUAGCAUUAGACUGGACCUAGAAACCUUAUUCCAGUUCAGCCAUCUUAUACUGACUUUUAAGACAUUUCGGCCUGCGGCAAUGUUGGUUGAGCGCUCCGCAGACUAUGGUCACACCUGGAAGAUAUUUAGAUAUUUUGCACAAAACUGUGCUGAAUCUUUCCCCAACAUCCCUUCUGGUCCGGCAAAAGGAGUGGGAGAUAUUGUUUGUGAUCCAAGAUAUUCAGACAUUGAGCCCUCCACUGAAGGCCAGGUUGUCUUAAAAGCUUUGGAUCCCAGCUUUGAAAUAGAAAAUCCUUAUAUCCAAUCUAUACAGGAGCUCAUCACUUUAACAAACCUGAGAAUAAAUUUCACAAAACUCCACACUCUUGGGGAUACUUUAUUUGGAAGAAGGCAAAGUGAUCUCCUUGAAAAAUAUUAUUAUGCAGUUUAUGAAAUGGUUGUCCGUGGAAGUUGUUUUUGUAAUGGUCAUGCCAGCCAAUGCAGUCCAGUGCAGAAACUGCGGGGUGAUGUUUUCUAUCAGCCUGGAAUGGUUCAUGGCAGGUGUGUCUGUCAGCACAACACUGCUGGCAUGUCCUGUGAAAGGUGUAAAGAAUUCUACAAUGAUGCUCCCUGGAGGCCAGCCGAAGGAUCGCAGGAUAAUGCUUGCAAACCAUGUAAAUGCAAUGGCCAUUCAGACCAAUGCCAUUUUGACAUGGCCGUGUACAUAGCUAAUGAUCGCAUCAGUGGCGGCGUAUGUGAAGACUGUCAGCACCAUACCAUGGGGCAACACUGUGAUCAGUGCAAGCCUUUCUUUUACCGGGAUCCCCGCAAAACAAUUUCAGACCCUCGGGCCUGCAUCCCCUGUGAUUGUGACCCAGAAGGCACAUUAUACAGUGGGUUGUGUGAAAGCUGUACAGACCCUAUUCUUGGAACUAUUGCUGGUCGGUGCCUUUGCAAGAAAAACGUUGAGGGAAUCCGUUGUGACAUGUGCAGGCCGAGCUACUAUGGGCUGAGUGGCAGUGAUCCUCUUGGCUGCCAGCCCUGCACCUGCAACCCUUCUGGGAGCUUGUCUUUCUCGAUGUGUGAUCCAGUGACUGGAGAGUGCCUCUGCCAGCGCUUUGUCACAGGGCCACAUUGUGAUGAAUGCCUUGUAGGAUACUGGGGGCUUGGGAAUAAUUUAUAUGGCUGUUCUCUGUGUGGCUGUGACAUUGGUGGAGCCCACAAUAACUUGUGUUCAUCAAGUGAUGGGCAGUGUGACUGUCUUCCUAACAUUGUGGGCCGUCAAUGUACAGAACCAGCCCCAGGCUACUUCUUUUUACCAUUGGAUUAUUAUAUCUAUGAAGCAGAGCAUGCAAAGCCACUUUCCGGAUCUGCACCUUUGGUUAAACCAACAGCUUUACCAAGGUGUGAUGUAUAUUUUCAGCAGCAAGGAUAUGAUUUCACCAUUGAAAAUGGAAAUAUUGUAUUAAACAGGAGCAAGAAACGAAGCAUAAGAAAACCGGGGUUGGAACAGGGCUGGGUUCAAUUUGGGAGGAACUCUGCUCUGGAUAUUGUUUUCAGGGAGCCCACCCCUGGCAAACCUGUCACAUGGACAGGUCCUGGCUUUGCCCGUGUCCUGAAUGGCGCUGGAUUAAGAUUUACUAUCAGCAACAUUCCCUUUGCAAUGGACUUUGAUAUCGCUCUUCGUUAUGAACCUGAGUCUUUAGAAGACUGGAUAGGAAGUAUUGCGGUCAACCCCUCUGGCGCUUUGACAAGUGAUCGCUGCAGAAACAAGGCACUUCUGCAAGAGCCACACGCAUUGGCUUUGCCAGCUACAAAGAGAAUUGCACUUCUGCAUACUCCUAUCUGCUUAGACCCAGGAGUAGAGUAUUUUGUAGAUGUUUAUUUAUCACAGCCUUCUGCCUCUGAUCCAAAGACUAUAUCAUACAUCUUGAUUGAUUCACUUGGACUUAUUCCCAGAAUCAGUUCAGUGGAGAACCUGUGCAGUCAAAAAGAUCUAGAUGAGUACCAGCAGUAUCACUGUGUCGAAAUUGCUUCAGAAGUUGGAUCUCAUAUUCUACCUGAAGUGUGUGCAAGGCUCAUAGUGAGCAUGUCUGCUCGUAUUCACAAUGGAGCAGUUCCAUGCAAGUGCCAUCCAGAAGGGUCCCUGAGCUCCAGCUGCAGUCAACUUGGAGGCCAAUGUCAAUGUAAACCUAAUGUUGCAGGCCGCUGUUGUGACAGAUGUUCUGCAGGAAGUUUUGGUUUUGGUUUCCAUGGAUGUUACUCAUGUGAGUGCCAUCCUCAAGGCUCAGUGAGCACUUUGUGUGAUCAGCUGACAGGACAGUGUUCAUGCCGCCGAGAGGUUGCUGGUCGAUGCUGCAAUCGGUGCCUGGCUGGGUAUUUUGGGUUUCCCAACUGUCGCCCGUGUCCAUGUAAUGGCUACGCAGAGCUUUGUGACCCAGUGACUGGUGCAUGCCUUAGCUGCAGCGGGUUUACAGCUGGAAGUAGGUGUGAAAGGUGUGUCAAUGGUUAUUAUGGAAAUCCUCUCACAAGAGACCCUUGUCGCCCAUGUAUGUGUCCAGAGUCACCUGCAAGCAGUAGAUAUUUUGCACAUUCCUGUUACCAAGAUCCUCGCACUUUGCAAUUAAUCUGCAAUUGUCUUGAGGGCUACUCAGGCAAUCAAUGUGAUGAGUGCCCCAGUGGGUUCUAUGGGAAUCCAGGAAGACCAGGGGCUCAGUGUUUGCCAUGUUCCUGCAAUAAUAAUAUCGAUGCGACAGAUCCAGAAUCCUGUAACAAGGUUACAGGAGAAUGCUUAAAAUGUUUAUACAACACACAUGGACCAAACUGCCAGUUCUGCAAACCAGGUUACUUUGGGUCAGCACUUCUUCAGAACUGCAGAAGGUGUACUUGCAAUUUUUCAGGUGUGAACCCAGCAAUAUGUCCACCUGGAAAUGGAGUUUGCCUGUGCGACCAAAUGACUGGAGUAUGCCCUUGCUUACCUAAUGUAAUAGGUUCUAUCUGUGACCAGUGUGCUUCUGGCUAUUGGAACAUGUCUCAUGGAAUAGGAUGUCAGUUCUGUGACUGUAAACCAAGAAACUCUCAAAGUAACCAGUGCAAUCAGUUCACAGGCCAAUGUUCAUGCAAACUAGGCUACAGUGGAAGACAUUGUGAUGAAUGUGAGGAAAAUUACUUUGGUGAUCCACGGAUGCAUUGUAUUUCAUGUACGUGUAACGAGGAAGGAACUCGCAAACCCGAGUGUGACAAAGACACUGGAGCUUGCAACUGCCGCAUUGGUGUUACUGGAAAGCUCUGUGAUCAGUGUGGUCGAGGCUUCAGACAAGAAUUUCCCACAUGCUCUCGGUGUCACCUUUGUUUUGAUCAGUGGGAUAAUGAAAUUACUACCCUAUCUCAAACUGUUCAGGGGUUAAUGAGAUUUGCUGCAAAUCUAGAAGAUAAAAGAGACACAAGGCCCGGCUGUGAUAUGCGCUUCAAAGGCUUAGAAGAUAAGAUUUCUGAAAUAGAAAGAAUUUUAAAAACUCCUGUUCUUUCACUGGAGACACUCUUAAACAUCAAGGAUUUUCAUGACUACAUUCGACAAAAAGUUGCACAAAUGGACCUACAUCACAAUAAAAUGGAUGAAUUUCCCGACCUGAAUGGGAUCAUAGACAACAUUAGGAAAGAAGCUGACCAGCUGUAUGAAAACCUGAAACAGAAAAUACAUCUAUAUCACAAUUUGAAUAAUUUGAGCCACAAAGAUUCCUUCAGCAAUAUCAGGAAGUAUUACCAAAUGUCAUCAUCCGCUGUACAGAAAAUCAGUGGAGCAGUCCCCAUCAUAAGAUACUCAGAAAACGCCAGGAAUGGCAUACUUGCCAUGCUAGGCAAUCGAACCUCAAAAGAAAACUAUACCUUGGAGCAGCUCAGGAUGUUCAAGACUCCAGAUAUCCAAAAACGGAAUGAAAAGAGUUGUGGGCUACCUGGAAACCUGUCAUGUGUUAUGACAAGUUGUGGGAGAGCUUUAUGUCGAAAUAGCAAUGGAAACGAACAAUGUGGUGACCCAAACUGUAAUGGAACUCUUCCUCUUUCUACAAACACAGUCAAGAAAGCUAAAGAGACAGACAUGUUGUUAAAUAAUUUGACUAGACAACUACAAGAGUCUGAAAAUCAGAUUGAAAGCAUCAGAAAAAUGGCAGAAGACACCAAGACGAAAGGCUCACAGUUACAUGGGAAACUAGAGAAAGCUAAGAAUCAAACUGAAAUUGAUAGAGAGAAUGUAAAGGAGUUCAUCAGAAAAGUGAAAGACUUUUUGUUAGAUGGAAGUGCACCUCCAGAAGACAUAGAGAAGGUUGCAAAGCAUGUUCUAGAUGUAAACCUUCCAAGGACUCCACAAGAGCUAACAAAUAUGCUUGAUAAAAUCAGGAACCUUGUAACACACUAUGAAAUAAAUGUGAACAAGUUAAAUAACCAAAGGAAAGAUGCCCAAAAACUUCUGGUGGAAGCAAAACAAGCUGAGGAAGCAGCAAAAACUCUGCCACCUCUUGAUGAAAUGAUAAAUAACCUGAAGGAAGCUGAAAGCACAAAAGGACAAACCAAAGACACCUUCAUAAGGUUAAAUGGAGAGAUACAAGAAAUUAAGACAAAAAUCUCACAGGCUGAGAAUCAAGUGAAUAAGACAAGUGAUGAACUAAAGGACUUUUCAGAAAAACAGUCUGAGCUGGAAGAUGAAAUUGCCAUGCUGCAGAGGAAAAUGCUGAUGAAUGGGAACCAGGCUGCAAAUGCAAAAGCAGAUGCAGAACAGGCACAAAAUCAAGCUAUGGACACAGAUAAAGAAUUUGCAAACCUUAAGAGAAAAUACACCAUUCUGCAAGAAAAAGUAAAAAUAAAAGGGCUUCCAAGAGAAACAUUAGAGAAACUGAAGAAGCUGAAAGAAGCAGCAGAGAAACUGGCUGAAGAGACUGAAGAAAAAAUCAAAAGAAUAACAGAUUUGGCAAAGAAGCUCCAAGAUCUGAAUCAGACUAAACAAGAUAAGGCUGAUCAACUAAAGCAACUAGAGGAUCAAGUAAUAGCCAUAAAAAAUGACAUUACUGAGCAAGAAAACAAAUACGCUACAUGCAAAAGUUAG